GUUGACGUCAAUCGAUGCAAACAUGGCGAUGGAAGAUUCCUUUCUCGCUAAGAAUUGAACAGAAAACCGUGAAUUUUUAGCAGAUCUUGAGUUUAAAAUUUGCAGCCAUGUUGAUUUACGUCGAAAGCAAAGCUUUCCCGAGCAAGACAUUCACCCUGGUGUGUAACCCACAUGAGACCAUUGCAAGAGCAAGAGCACAGAUGCUUCAUAUUUUAUAUGAGCUAGGAAGAGCUGAACACCAGUUUCGCUUUAGAUUUAAAGGAGAAUAUCUUAGAGAUGGUUAUACCUUUGAGGAUUACAGGAUUCUUGAUAAUUCUGUCAUCAAAAUGGUUCCAAUGAGUAAAAGGAAAAGAGGGUCAUAUGCAACUACAUAUGGCCCAGAACAAAGCAAUCAAGACCUGGAAGGCUCUGAUGUACACGUAUUCACUUCACGAGCUCAUCUACUGGGGCAAGAAGAGUUAGACGAUGUGCAGAAGGCCUUGAGAAAGGAAAUCACUAUUUUUGAACGGAGGGAAAAAUUGCUGGGCAAUUUCAAGGUUCUUUUAUGGAUUCAUUUCCUAGCUACUGUUUUAGCUUUUACAACUAUUUAUUGGUUCUCGUCAUUUUGGACAGGAGCUCUGAUGCUGUUUGGUUUCUUGUACUCCCCAAAUUACACUAGACUUGGUGGCUUUGUUGGGAAGUAUGGCAUGAACAAAAAUAAUUUUGUGAUUGCAUUUUCUGUUGGAGCCAUCAUGAAUGUAACAGCAUCUCUUUUGAUGGGAAUCUACAUCACUUUUGACCUGCUGGCUUACGAGUGUGAUAAUGAAGAACAGACUUGUUUACGGCAGAAGGAGCAAAUGUAUUGGUCCAUUAUCUUCUACCUUGGCCAGGCAUUUUUCCUGGUUUGUAGUGUGUUGAUCUGUGCCAUUUUGGUUCAUAACUUUAAGACAGAGGUUGGUGACUUGAUUGAGACCUACCUUGUGCAGAUCAGGGACAUUGAUAAGGUCAUGAAAAGUGCUAAGACUGGAAGCAUCAAGGAAAGACGAAGUGCAGCUUUUGAACUGGCCAGCUUAGCUGCCACAGGAGAUGACACAAAGUUUAGGAUUGUACAAGAGGGAGGGGUGCCAGCUUUGAUGAAUUUAUGUCUGUCACAAGACCAGGCAACUCAGGAAUAUGCAAUUGAAGCUAUAUCAGAACUGCUGACUGUCCCUGUGAUACAGGACCAAUUUGUGGAACUAGGUGGAGUGCGCACCAUGUGUGCUUUGUUACAUUCCAAGGAGAGCCGUGUGGUGAACGAAGCUGUUACAGCCCUCUCGUACAUAGUGUCUGACAGUGAAGCCAACAGGCAGGUCGUCAUCGGAGAAAAUGGUCUGGAAGAUCUGUGUUACGUCGCUGAAAGAAUACAAAUUCCAGCUUCUCGCAUUGUUGCUGCAAUCUUCCUUGAACUUGCAUUCACUGCAGAAAUACGAGUCAUGCUGUCUCAGCAAAGUGCUCCAGCCACGUCUCUUGUCCACCUGUGCAAGCUUCGAGAUCCAGAAACUCAGCGGUUGGCCCUUCAGACACUGGAGCUGUUGGCCAUUGAGAAUUCUGAUGUGAUCAUAACACAUGAUUCACUUCUUGAGUUGCUGCUGUCUCUUCCAAAUCUCACGGAUGACGAACAGUUAUUCCUGCUGGCGGGAAAAAUCGUUCUGUAUUACGCUGAAAACGAGUUGGCCUGUCAAAAACUGGUCGAGGCUCCCGACUUGAAGUCCUGUUUGAUGGAGUUUUCGUACAGUUUUGAUCCUCUGCUACAGAAUGUAGUGGCAAAGAUUGUUUUAGCUAUGAUUGAGUCACACGAGAACAAGGACGAAAUUGCCGAGCUCGGCUUGGAUGAAGUGCUGAUUCACAUCAGAAACGAGUCGACAGACCGAGAUGCGUGGCGGAUGGCAGAUCACGGACUCAUGAAACUGCACAAUGUCAAACCUGUCGGAAAACAGACUUCCGGCUCAAGCGGCAAGUCCAAUACCAGUGGUGAAGCCCUAACCACAGACCUACCAAACAAGAAAGCUCUUUGAGCCAAAUGUUGGGUACACUGGGAUGCGUGGGCACAAAAUUUGGUCCAAGUUUUCCUUCUGUGCUUCUAACACGCUAUUAAAGGCAAUAAAAGGCAGAUCUCGAAAAAGGAAAAAAUUUAAAGCCAAAGAGUAUACUUUAUAUUCGUCUGCCAUUCCUGAAAUUUGGCUACGCUCGGCCAUUCAGGGCCUCUUAGUUCGAGACCUGCUUAAAGGGUCGCUCAAAGGGACCUAGAUUCUUCCAGAAGCAAUUUGUAAAUAUUCAAACUCUAAAACGCUGCUUGUAAGGCAAAAUUCAAUGUCAGUUACUCUAGGUCUUUUAGAAACAUGUUGAGCAGUGGUAAAUGCCUUUUUGUUUAGCGGAAUCAAGACUGAGCUCGUUAUAGAGCAGUUUUGGUGUAGAAAUCUCAUUUUACCGUACAUGAUAGAAUUUGGUAAGGACUCCACCCAGUCACUGUAAGGAUAAUUUAUGCAACGGUACUAAGCGCGGGAAACUCGCCAAUGUUUAGACUUACUUAUUUUGGCGAGAAAAUGCCGUUGCAUACCAACGAAUGUGCGAAACUUUUUCCUGCACCAAGACUGGUGGGAGUGAAGUGAAGUGAAAUUGCACAACAUCAAAAUCCUGCGUGAAAAUUUUCCUUUACAAUACGGUGUAGAUAACGAAGACACAGACCUUUCAGUGAAGUUGACUUUUAACCAUUAUUUAACUCUUAAAACAUAUUUAUGGUUCAUAAAAUAGGUUUGGUUUGAACAGCACUUAUGUAAAGAUUUUUUGUAGUUGUGUAUCACUGAAAGGUAAUCUAUGAACUGAUCAAAAAUGUUAGCAGUUAUGAAGUACGUUAGUACUGAUUUUUUUCAUGAGUAUUUUUGUGAAUAAAAUGUUUAAAAAGGACUUAAAA